AGCCAAAACUGAAAGCCUUCGUGGCUACGCCCUUCUCUCUUUUCUCUCUUCACCGAGAGAAUAAUCAGAGGAGACUGUCUUCCCCUCCCUCCGUCUCCGAUCGAGAUCCCAGCCGUUCUCUCUCUGUCUAUAUUCUGCAGUUUCCUCUCUUUCGUUUGGUUCGUGCACCAUGCAGCAAGGUGGUGUUGGCGAUUACAGCUCCUACUACUACCACCACCACCAACAAUCACAACAACCAGCGGUAGCACCACCACCUUCACAACCCCAGGCGGCGGCACCCUACCACCUUCCUCAGAGCCAGCCGCCGUCCUACGCCUCCGCCCCGCCAUUUUCCUCCACCACCACCAUCUCCAACGUCCCCGAUUACUCCUCCCCUUAUCCUUCCUACCCACAUCUUUCCCCUGCCACUGAUCCGAUCCCUCCCACCGCCCCUUCCUACGCCCAACCCCCUCCAUACCCACCCCAAACACAAUCCUUCAACCCCUCCUACCCCAUAGAGACAACUUACCCUCCCCAACACAUCCAGCAACAACCUUCUUCCUACCCCAAUUACUCUAACCCUAACCCUAACCCUAAUCCGCCACAGUCGGUGUCCCCUCCGUCCUAUGCUUCCUCAUACCCUGUUUCGACGGAUCCGGCCUAUAAUUCGUACGAUUCGACGCCUAAGUACGAUAAUUUUGGGUAUUUAGAUGGGAAUUCCGGGAGGUAUGGCGGCCAGGGGUAUAAUCGGGGCGGGCAAGAAUUGUAUGAUCGACCGCAGUUUCGCAAUGAUCGGAGCUUCGGCAGAGAAGACGAUGGGUUCGGUGAGGGCGUCUAUGCUUACGAUGGUGGAAGCGUGGAGCCGUAUGGGGCGCGUGGGACGUCUGGUAAGGUAUGGUCUGGAUUCGAUGACUAUGGGAGGGCGACGGGAUCCUCCGCGGGGAAGGAGUCGUCGAGCUCAGUGAAGGUCACGAAGGCUGUGCCGAAGGCAGAGACUCAGCAGGAUGCAAAGGCCGGGGUGCAGAAAUUUCGGGUGAAGCUGUUGCCCGAAGGGGCUUCUCAGGGCACCAUGGAUGUUCUUUGUCAGAUUGGUCUGGAUGGGGUCCACAUGCUUGAUCCAAAUACAAGUCGAACGCUAAGAAUAUACCCACUUGAGACAAUUACUAGAUGGGAGGUAAAUGAUCCGUCAAUAUAUACCUUUUGGUCGAAGAGUGCUGUUGAUAUCGAGCCAAGGCGCAUACGCCUGCAAUCAAAUCGUUACACCACCAGCACCAUUUUGGACACAGUAACUGCUGCUACUGUCCAGCUUAAGGAAAUGGGUGGGAGAAGCAAGGGAGACAUUGAUGCUGCUAAACCACUUGAGCAGACAGCAGAAAAGAAGAGAGGCUUGGUUGAUUGGAUAAACAUUAUUAGGCCUGUCAAUGAGGAAAAAGAUCACUGGGUUCCUGAUGAAGCAGUGUCAAAGUGCACAGGAUGUGGAACAGAUUUUGGGGCCUUCAAUCGUAAGCAUCAUUGCAGGAACUGUGGAGAUAUUUUCUGUGAUAAGUGCACCAGUGGUCGAAUUGCUCUCACCAAUGAUGACCAAGCUCAACCUGUGAGAGUUUGUGAUAGAUGCUUGGCUGAAGUGACUCAAAGGCUCAGUAGUGCUAAAGAAGCUAGUAAGCCUGUUGGAGUACAGAGGCAUGAGGAUCUUGCAAAGAAACUUCAGGAAGAAAUGGAAAAAAAUCGCAGGUCAACCUCUGGUUCUUCUCGAGAUGGGUCUGGGAGAAGGAUGAGAGAAGUCGCAUGCCCGAUAUGCACUGUUCAUUUGCAGGUCCAAGUUCCAAACUCUGGGUCAGAGACGAUCGAAUGUGGAGUUUGUCAGCAUGAGUUCCUUGUUAGUGCUCAUUGAUAAUCAGUAUGUGCCUGCCCAUUGUUGCUUCCUCCAACAACUCCUACGGCUUCUUCUGCUCCUAACUCUAGUGAGGAUUCUGUCUCUGUGUUGUGUACAUAGGCUGCUGGACCACCUGUCUGUAAAUGGCAUCUUUAAUGAGACCUAUUUUUUAUGUGGUUCAUUUCCCUAAUGUUUCGUUGUGGUUCCUGCACAGUCACUAGUACCUAUGGUGAUAUGGAAAGUUUGAUGAACUUUCUGUAGAGGAUAGAUAGAUGAUGGUCAGUGUGUUUUUCGAUUAUUGAUGUCUUGCUUGCAAUAUUUUAUGGUGUUGGAUGAAGCAGUUGAAUAAAGGCUGUUCUAAAAGGUUUUGUUUUUGUAAAGGAAA